AUGUUCUCAGUCCAACGGAUAAUUCUAGUUGUGUGUAUUUUCUGCCUAAUCGCACAACCAUCGGAGUGCGGAUGGUUGAGUAAAACAUGGAAGAAAUUGGAAAAUUCUGCAAAAAAACGAAUUGCUGAGGGUAUUGCCAUAGCUAUUAGAGGUGGUCCACGAUAUCGUCGUCAUAUUGGUGAUGCUAUUUAUGGAGACAUUCUUCCAACAGAAGAAGUUGAUCACAUGGUCGAUACAUUCUAUCGACGUUUCCGAAUUCUAAUCUCGUGA